AUGUCCGAUCCUGAACUGGAAGCAAUUCGAGCCCGCCGAAUGGCUGAGCUGCAGCAGCAGCACGGCAAACCUGGUGGCCAGCAAAAGGCAGUUCAGGAGCGUAAGGAGAAGGAAGAGGACAUCCGAAACACCAUUCUCUCGCAAAUACUCUCUCAAGAAGCUCGCGCCCGAUUAAGCAACAUCACCCUCGCCAAACCAGACAGAGGCAAGAUGCUGGAGAACAUCCUCAUCACCAAUGCCCAAAGAGGAGCCUUCAGAAGCAAG